AAUUAAAAUCAUCUGACCUAUCCACCACAAUUCGACGGAAUUAUCCAGUAAAUAAAAUACACAUUUAUUGGGCUUUGCUAGUGUCAUCAGCGGCGCGAAGUCGCGAAAAGUUUGCUAUCCGGUAGUCUCUUGUAAGAGCCUUGAAACGCUCACCCACGCCCCUCCUAGUGUAUCUAAGUGGGGGCACAAGUGAGCACUUUUACUCUUUCUCCCUGCUCUCGUCAGUUGGUUUUCAGUUGCCAUCGAAGUGAAGUGCUUCUCUCCUUAACCAUAAUGUGCGGUAUAUUUGCGUAUCUCAACUACCUAAAUCCAAAAACCCGUCGUGAGGUGCUGGAUUUGCUUGUUAACGGUCUCAAGAGGCUCGAGUACCGUGGUUAUGAUUCGGCAGGCGUAGCUGUUGAUUCCAGUGAUGGGAAUGACAUGGUUCUCAUUCGUCGUUCUGGUAAAGUGAAAGUGCUCGAAGAUGCCAUACUAGAGGAAUUCACUGUUGCCGAUGAUGAGCCUGCCCGCGAAGUUCACGUGGGUAUAGCACAUACCCGUUGGGCUACUCACGGAGAGCCUAGUGAACGUAAUUCGCAUCCUCAGCGUUCGGACGAUUGCCACGGUUUCGUGGUAGUGCACAAUGGAAUCAUGACCAAUUACAAAGAAGUCAAGACUUUUCUUCUUAAGAGGAAGUACACAUUUGAGUCCGAUACAGACACAGAGAUUAUCGCAAAACUGGUGCAUCAUCUCUGGACUCAACAUCCAUACUAUUCAUUCCGCGAAAUCGUAGAACAGGCCAUUCAGCAGAUGGAAGGUGCUUUUGCACUCGCUUUUAAAUCAAAAUAUUUCCCCGGCGAAUGCGUGGCUACACGCCGCGGUUCGCCAUUACUGGUCGGCAUAAAAACGAAAACUCGCCUCGCAACUGAUCACAUACCCAUCCUUUACGGAAAGGAUGCCGAUGGUCCACAGUUGACAGAACAUCGACCACACGGCUCAAGUCGCGAUGUACCCAUGAUGCCGAGAACGGAGAGUACAAGCGAAUUCAUGCCGUUAGAGGACAAGGAAGUAGAGUAUUUUUUUGCUUCGGACGCCUCGGCUGUAAUUGAGCACACCAACAGGGUGAUCUAUUUGGAGGAUGAUGAUGUAGCAGCCGUAAAGGAUGGAGCACUCAGUAUUCAUCGACUCAGAAAGUGUAUGGACGAUCCACAUGCGCGGGAAAUCACAACGCUUAAAAUGGAAAUUCAGGAAAUCAUGAAAGGAAACUACAAGUAUUUUAUGCAGAAAGAGAUUUUCGAACAACCUGAGUCCGUUGUAAACACAAUGCGCGGUCGCGUAAACUUUGAAAGCAAGACCGUCACACUUGGUGGUAUUAAAGACUACAUUCCAGAAAUAAAACGCUGUCGUCGUCUUAUGUUGAUUGGCUGCGGAACAAGUUAUCACUCAGCGGUAGCAACACGACAACUUCUAGAGGAGCUUACAGAGUUACCGGUCAUGGUGGAAUUAGCGUCAGACUUUCUCGAUCGCAAUACACCCAUCUUUCGCGACGACGUGUGCUUCUUCAUUAGUCAAAGUGGAGAAACAGCGGACACGUUGAUGGCGCUGCGCUACUGUAAGAUCCGAGGCGCUCUCAUUGUUGGCAUCACUAACACCGUGGGCAGUUCUAUUUGCCGUGAGAGCCACUGUGGUGUGCAUAUCAACGCUGGACCUGAGAUUGGUGUAGCUUCCACAAAAGCCUAUACCUCUCAAUUCAUUUCACUGGUGAUGUUUGCGCUUGUCAUGAGCGAGGACAGAUUAUCGCUACAAGAGCGUCGUCGUGAGAUUAUCUCUGGCUUGGCUAGCCUUGCUAGCCAUAUUCGACGCGUGCUAGAGCUUGACGAACGAGUUCGAGAACUGGCUAGUGACCUUUACCAACAAAAAUCGUUACUUAUCAUGGCCCGCGGUUACAAUUUUGCUACAUGCCUUGAAGGAGCUUUGAAGGUCAAGGAAUUGACAUAUAUGCAUAGUGAAGGCAUAAUGGCUGGAGAAUUGAAACAUGGCCCGCUAGCGCUGGUUGACGACCAAAUGCCUGUGUUAAUGAUUGUAAUGCGUGAUCCAGUGUACGACAAAUGUAUGAAUGCACUAUUGCAAGUUCAAGCUCGACAGGGCAGGCCUAUAAUAAUCUGCGAAGAAGGCGACGAUAAGACAAUGGGAUAUGCUUCGCGUGUACUCGAGAUACCACGUACUGUAGACUGUUUGCAGGGUAUACUCACUGUUAUUCCCAUGCAACUUUUAUCAUACCACAUCGCAGAUAUGCUGAAUUACAAUGUCGACUGUCCACGCAACCUUGCCAAGUCCGUCACUGUGGAGUAAAAAGUGUGCAUGAAAACAACUUUUAUCAUGAAUACAUAUGCAUAUACAUGUGUGUGUGUAUUCUUUUUUUAUAUUUAUAAAGCACCUUUAACAACUCUUAAGGAAGUAAAUAAAUGCCAUGGGAAGAUUAAAACGUAUAUUUGACUUACGUCAGUGAUUUAUAUGACAGAAUGAAAAUAUCAGCCCCAUUGCCUGAUUUAUUAGGGUGAGCAUUUUUUCGGUGAUUCGAACAAAAGAACAGUGGUUCAUUAUGAUUUUUCGUGGUGCUUUAAGACCUUGAAAAAAGUCCAAGAUUUCCCAUUAAAUGCUGAAAUCAUCUAACCUCGGAUUUAUUGUAAUCCCAUGUUGUUUAUGUCGAGGAAAUGUGUCUCAGGUCUGUAAUGCAUUAUUAGUCGAAGACAAACAAUGUUAUGACUGAGAAUUGGUUUGUGUCUGCGCUUGGAAAUAUUUAUUAUACACAUAGCAUCUCGGCCAAAUUUGUAUUUUAUGUCGGAUCGAAUUUACGUCAAAUCUCGUAUUCGUUUGCAAUCCAUUGCAGUGUGAACAAUCCCUAUAGCUUUAUGCUGGCUCACAAGCACAAGCUUUUGUGGGCGAGUUUGCAUCCGCAGAUAUCUAAGUGUCGACGUCUAAUCUUCAGAGUAAAACGGUAGGUUUCUAAGUUCUUUCUUAAAUUAUACAUACUCAAUUCUUACAAAAAAUAGGCAAGGAAGACUAAAACAGUAGGUCAUAAGCGAAAAAUAUUUGGUUUGUAAAUGUAAGUAAAGCAAAAAAAGGUCAUUUUCUCAGAAUGUACACUUGCAUUGUGAUACUGUGACCCGAAUAGUAAUUAGUACUUGUAGUA